CUAUUAAUUCAAGGAGACGCAUGAGUCACCAGCCUAGGAGGAGAGGGGGGGAAACCUAUGCAGCUGCGCUUUCAUCGAGUGCGCACUGGGAGAAAUGGAGGAUGUCGCAGAUGUGUUCCCCUCAACCCGAUACGAGUGCGCGCGGUGAUGGAUGUAGUGAGCUCACUUUGCAAUCGUUGAAAACCGUGAUCGUGACAAAGAUACUCCUCUCCAGUGAGCCUUCAGUGUGAGGGGCCAGUGUGUGUCAGCCAGCAGCAGCAGCAGCAGCAGCAGCAGCAGCGUGGACUCAGACUACACUCUCAGCGACUCUCCCUAUGGGCGAGGGGCUCUCUCUGACAACGUGAUCAGCCCCAGAGGCCGUGCUUCCAGCAGCGUUCCCUCUUCCGACACCCUCCUCCCUCCCCUGCCACAUCCACUGCCAUCAUGGGGGACGUGGUCCUCAUGCACUUCACCACAGCGGACUACGUCAUCUUUGCCUUGCUGUUGGUGGCCUCGGCCGGCAUCGGCCUCUUCUACGCCUUCUCCGGUGGGCGCCAGCGCACAACACAGGAGUUCCUGAUGGCUGAUCGCUCCAUGAGCUGCCUGCCCGUGUCUCUGUCCCUGCUGGCCACCUUCCAGUCGGCCGUGGCCAUCCUGGGCGCUCCCUCUGAGGUGUACACCUUUGGGACUCAGUACUGGUUCCUGGGCUGCUCCUACUUCUUGGGCCUGCUCAUCCCGGCCCAUGUUUUCAUACCAGUCCUCUACCGACUGCGGCUGUCCAGCGCCUACGAGUAUCUGGAGCUGCGCUUCAACAAGACGGUUCGCAUAUGUGGGACAGUGACCUUCAUCUUUCAGAUGGUCAUUUACAUGGGGGUGGUCCUGUAUGCCCCGGCCCUGGCACUCAAUGCAGUGACAGGCUUUGACCUGUGGGGGGCGGUGCUGGCCAUGGGGUUGGUGUGCACUCUAUAUACUGCUCUGGGGGGUCUGAAGGCGGUGAUCUGGACCGAUGUGUUCCAGACAGUGGUGAUGUUUGCGGGCCAGCUGGCGGUCAUCGUGGUGGGGGCCAGUCAGGCGGGGGGCAUGGCAGAGGUGUGGAGGAAGGCAGUUAAUGGCAGCCGCAUUUCUGGACUGGACCUGAACCCGGACCCUCUGGAGCGCCACACCUUCUGGACGCUGGGUGUGGGAGGAGUCUUCCUGAUGUUGGCUCUGUACGGGGUCAACCAGGCCCAGGUCCAGAGGUACCUUAGUGCUCGUACGGAGAAAGAGGCCGUCAUGUCCUGCUACGUAGUUUUCCCGUGCCAGCAGAUUGUCUUGUGUUUAGGUUGCCUGAUGGGUCUCGUCAUGUUUGCUCGCUACGGAGAGGACAGCCCUCUGGACAAGGGCUACGUCAAAACUAAUGACCAGAUGGUGCUGUAUUUUGUGAUGGACGUCUUCAAGGAUCUGCCCGGGCUCGCAGGACUGUUUGUGGCCUGUCUCUUCAGUGGAGCUCUCAGCACCAUCUCGUCAGCUUUUAACUCCCUAGCAACUGUAACCAUGGAGGACCUGAUUAAACCUUAUUUUCCAAACAUGACUGAGGCUAAAGCUACGCUGCUAUCCAAGGGACUUGCUCUGGUCUAUGGGCUGGUGUGUCUGGCUAUGGCCUACCUCGCCUCUAUCAUGGGAUCUGUGCUGCAGGCAGCCUUCAGCAUCUUCGGGAUGGUGGGUGGUCCCCUGCUGGGCCUCUUCUGUCUGGGGAUGUUCUUUCCCUGGGCAAACUCGACUGGUGCAGUGGUGGGGUUAGUAGCAGGCCUCGCCAUGGCCUUCUGGAUCGGCAUUGGGAGCUUUUUGACGCGUAUGUCCGAUUCCAUCCCAGUGCCACCGCUCAACACCACCGCCCUGCCCCUGUUUGACAACAUGACCGCCACUGUCAUGACUACACUGGUCAACGCCACCAGACCCAGUCUAAGGCGAUCGGGUGUGGAGGCGCUCUACUCGUUGUCCUACAUGUGGUACAGCGCUCACAACUCCACCACUGUGGUGGUGGUGGGACUGCUGGUCAGCCUGCUAACAGGACCCAUGAAGGAGAAGGAUCUGACCCCCGGCACAGUGUUUCCAGUCAUGGGCACGCUGCUCUUCUUCCUGCCCGAGCGCUACAAGGAGAAGCUCUGCUGCGUCACUCCUCUGUCCACCCCUCAGAAGACCAAAGAAAUCCAGCCUUAUCAGAUGGCCAAGAAAGACGGCAACGGAGCAGCCCUCUGCAAAGAGGACACUGUCACCGAGGACAAAGAGAUGGAGAGCGACCGAGCCCAGACGGAGGAGGAGGACGACUUGGAGACGAGGGCGGCUCUGCCCUCGUGCCAGCUGGCGGGUCACACGGUUGAGGAGACGGUCUUCUGAUCCUCUACUUGUAAACAAGCUGCCAGCUACUGCAGCUCCUCAGGGGAGGAUCAUCUAUGACCAUCACUACGGAGAAGGUCUGCAGCACCAAGUAUGGCUGUUUUUUUACAAUGUCAAAAUCAGUUGAAUCUGGUUAUAGAAAAGGCUUAUGGACUUUAAUGGGGAACAGGUGUUUUAUUGGUACCUGCUCCCGCUUUCAUUUUUAUCUUUUGGGGGGGAAAUUUACUUCUGCCAGGCUGGAACUGUGCACUGAAAGCCCAAUUGGCAGCAGUCAAAGAAGAAGAACCGAGUCAGUCGAUCUCCAUUAGACACUCCGGAUGUGUCCAGAUGUGAACGAGAGUGGGUAGCUCUCACGCACAAUGAGCUGUCCCGCUGUGUCCGGACCCAGAUGUUUCUGUUUGACAAUAAAAAAAAGAAUCAGGUAGUCAUUAAGAGAUACACGAUUUAAAUGAUGUAAACAAAAAUGUGUUAUUUUUGUAGAGAAGAUGGAGCCAUAAAAUCCCAGAAUAUGUUUUAAAAGAAUAUAAUAUAAAAAGAAAAGAGGGACAGAACCUGAACGGGAGGCAUGGCGGUGCUGUGAUGGCGUAGUGUACUCACAUAGCCUCGGUUCAUAGUCAUAGUCGCCUUCUAACUGCUACUAUAGAUGUCUAAAUACGAAAGCAAAGCCGUGUGUGUUCAGAUGAGAGCAAAGAUGGCGUCUUGCAGUGGCAGUUAAAGCAGAUGGAGCGCAGUCAUUCUAAAACUUGUCGUGCCUCCAGUUGGUGACGACUGCAUUCCCCCUGACUGGAGAAGCAGACAGGAGUUACCACAAAGUGAUGACCUGCAGGGGACGGAGGCAGCAGCAGAAGAAAUACUAGUUUUGAGUGUUUACAAUAUCAUGCCAUCUCUCACAGGGAACUAAGGCCGUUGUAUCCAUCUAUGUUCUCGCCACACUCCUUUGAAGAGACCAACAUUGUUACCGCUGCCUCCAUCGGUUAGCUUGUGCUUUUGUGCGACUUUGAUGUUUUCAAAGGUUAAUUCAGAAUCACCAAAGUGGCACAAUAACACAAACGGACUAUCCGAUGGAGUCAGCGGUACACCAGCAGCCCACAGGUCUACUUGCUGCCAUCUGAUGUGACUGGUCUGAAGCACACAGAGGAGCCAUGUUGGGCCUGUGACACAGACCUACCUUUAGCUCCAUGAGGCAGGAACUUGAUCUAUUUCAAGGUAAACAUGAUUCAGUCAUCGCUGGUGUUUUUGUAGUGUUUUUUUUUAGUUUUUCUCAUCAGUGCCAGUAUGUGAUUGAUUUGCUUAAUAGUGUGUAUGUUUGAAUAUUAUCGUCGUCGUCCUGUGUUUUGGAAUCCCAGAAUUCUUGACCAUCGUCAUUUUAACGUUUGAAGUCAUCCAUCGUCACUGUAAGAAGAGAGGUGUUGUGUGUGUGUGUGUGUGUGUGUGUGUGUGUGUACGUACGUGUGUGUACUGUGUUUCUGCAUCAGUGCCGUCUGUGCUCUUCACGAUGGACCCGCGUGACUCACUGCGUUUGUUCUGCAUUAGAUAAAGUCACGAUCUCCAAGAUUCCUUUCCUACUCAUUAGUGGCGCCCUGUGGCCAUGAGCAGUCACAGGUGUGUUCUCUCUGUUAGCUCAGUGUCGUGGCUCUUCUCUUUGUUCAGACACAGAAAAACGUAAACUAGCAACAUGAGCAGAGACCACGAAUAGCCGCUCGUUAGCGCCGCCUGCUGGUGAUGGUGAAAAUAUCCACUAACCUCGGCGACAGACAAGUGACUUAAGAGUCAUUUAGAUGAAAUUAUUAUUAUUACUUAAAGCUGGUAACGGCUAAACCCAGUCUGACAUGUUUCCAAAGAGCUUUCUACAGUUUAGGCAGAGUCCAUAUGAUCCAGAUGUUUACCUACAUCUCAUUUACACAGUCAAGGCAUCUCGGGUUAGGGUUAAGAGUUUUCUGGAGUUGUAUUUGAGGUACUUGUCAGACAAUCAAGGUAGACCCAGUGUAGUCUCCGAUAAGAAGCCGCUGAACGGUCCGGACCACGAGCUCCCCCGUCCGCUGAGCCCUUUUAAUAAACCCCGUCAGCACCGGUCCAUCGUGUCUGCCAUCACACUCGAAUACCUCGACUUAUCCAAAGCAUAUAGAAUAUGAAUUUAUUUCAUAUUUUGAUUUGUUUUAUUAUUUUUUUUUACCAACAGAAGAUAUAUUUGAGAUUGUGUAUAUUUUUAUAAAUUCACAUAAAAGCCACAUUUCAUUUGUUGAAAUGUGGAAUUCUAUAUGCAAGAACCAUGAAGUGUUUCCUCUCUGUGGUGAACGUCCGGCAGCAUUGGGGAUGCAGCGUCCUCUGCCUGAGACAGCCUUUCACACGGGGAGGUUUUAAUUCUUAUUCUAGUGCUACAUCUCAUAUGCUGGCCUCCACAAUCACGUCCCAAGACAUUUGAACGGUUCCUAGAGAAUGUUUUGAACUACUUUGAAAUGACGUGACAUUGUGCACUUUUAUUUAUGAUUUAUGAUACCUUCAUACUUGAAAUUACUUGAAGUGUGUGCCUGUAAUGUCACCUUAAUGAUACUCGGAUAGACCCCGCCCCCCUUUUUAUAACGUGAGGAAACAUAAUUCAAGUGCUGACAUGUUGUUGUUGUUAAAGAUGUCCUUUUAUAGACCCAGUGGAGCACUGUGAUCCUAAUAAACACUAACGCGUAAUAAAGCACAAUGAUGUUGAUAUUCAUAAGUCUGAUACAUGCUUAUUCUUUUCAUUAGUGGCCUUUUUAAAUCAGUUUGGGUUGCACAGUAACCAGAGCUCAGAAUACAGUUUGUGAAAGAAAUAGCAUGGCACUUAGUAAUUUCCAGCAACGAUAAAUAUUGUUUUUUUAAAACAAUAUUUAUUAUAUUUGUUCUCUCAUCCACAAGAAUUCUUCCUGUCAGCAUUCCAAACAAAAACUCAGCACUCAGCGAGAUGAUGACUCUGCUUUGGCUGUGCCUUCAUUUUGUGAUGUGGUUUUUUUUUUUCUUCUGUAUCCUGAUGAUUCAUAAAAGGAUAUUGAGAUGCAUAUAAGCCCAGUCCCAAACAUCUGUCCAGGAGUGGGCCGACUCCAGAUGUAUGAAGGAAUAUGAGUGAAUCAUACUCGGCUGUGCUUCUGUCUCUCAGAAGAGUCCUGUGUCUGGUGGGAGGAUGGAGGAGCAUGAGCCCACAACGGGCUCAUGCUCCUGUUCAUCUGGUGAAAAGCUGAACCGACUGCAUUUUAAUCUGUUGACAUGUUUCACUGUUGUUUGGAUCUACGACUAUUAGAUUUAUGAAUUAGAUGUACUUGGAUUGAGAUGAUAUUAAAAAAUAUAUGAUGACAAAUA